CCGUUGAGAAGCAUGGAGGUUGACAGAAGCAAGCCGCUAAAAGCGAGGAGCAAUCGAAUGUGCUGCGUCCCACAGUGCAGUAAUCGUGCUGUUCCUGGCACAACAAGUCUUCACUGCUUUCCUAAAGACAAGGAGGAGAGAAAAUUGUAGACUAUAAAGCUGCGAAUCGGAAAGCCCGUGAGUGACACAAUGGUGGUUUGCAGCGACCACUUUGAGAAAGACGACUUCUUUUGGAGCAACCUGGUACGUUGUGGAAUUCGGUGGCUAGUUGCACCUGUUUCAUUGCUGAUUCAUAGAACCUAGCUCGUUUAUGAAGGUGGUUUCGAGCCGAUGCGCCAGCGUCUGAAGAAAGGUGUUCUGCCGUCCCGCAAAAUUCCUGUGCGCGCUCACGACGUCCCAGCGAAGGCGAGAAAGACCAGCAGAAGUUACGCUACGGGAGACCGAGGAAGCACAGACCUGGAAACGGUCACACCUAGUGAAGGACAUGAACAGUGCUUAUGUGCCACUUCAUCCGACCAAGACAAACCUGGAGACUGCGAACCAUCCCUUGAUGAGUGGAUCACCUCUUCAAGCUCCUGCGCAGCUUCACACUCGCCCCACGUGGAAGCUUCAUCAGAACACACAGCAGCUGAGGCACUCCUUCUGCUCCAGGAGUUGGGUAUGGCUUCAAAGUCAGACAAGGCCACCCAAGUUAAUACACAGCAUGAAUGUCUGACAAAGUUUCGCAUCUCCGAGCUUAUUGUAACUGAUGCCCAGCUCAACACGUUCACUGGCAUCCCAACGCAUCAACUUUUUGACAGCAUUGUUACCAUUGUAGAAAGAUAUGAAAAUGAAAAAAAAUGGAAGCUUCAGUGGCAGACAGGGUUUUGUUGGUGUUCAUCGUGUUAAAGCAAGCUACUUCAUUUUCAUGUCUCUCCGUCCUCUUUCAAUGCAGCAUAUCUUCAGUGCACAGGUAUUUUGUUCACACACUACCCUUGGUCGCAGCGGUCCUCCAGUCAGCCAUUGAAUGGCCAACCAAAGAGGAAGUGCUGAACAACAUGCCUGUGCACUUUGAAAAGUACAGCAGGGUCCGAGGUGUAGUCGAUUGUACCGAAAUUCCCGUUGAGAGGUCAAGAUGUCUGACAUGCCGCUUACUCACGUAUUCCCAGUAGAAGAGCACAUACACAAUUAAAUUUCUUGUAUGUGUUAGUCCGGGAGGCACUAUAACAUUUGUAAGCGAUGCGUAUGGGGGUCGUGCAUCUGAUAAGGCAAUAACAGAGCAGUGUGGGCUGUUGGAGCUGUUUGAACCCUUCACAGAUGAUAUCAUGGUUGACCAGGGUUUUUUUAUUGACGACUUGUGUGCAUCCCGUGCAAUUGGUAUAAUUAGGCCCCCAUUUUCAAAGAAAGAUUGCCAAUUUCAAGACAAUGAUGCCACCAAAACAACUGAAAUAGCACGAGCAAGGGUACAUGUGGAGCGGGCUAUCCAGCGCAUUAAGAUAUUUAAAACUUUUCGCACUACUGUGAACUGGGAAAUGCUGCCAUACAUCAAUCACCUCUUCAUAACUGCAUGUGGCCUCACCAACUUGUGUGCACCUAUACUUGCUGAUGAGAAAUUUUUGUGAAAGUUGAAAGUGCAACAAAAGUGAACAGAAUGUCU